GGACGUAACCGUGCGUCUUGACGCCAUUGAGAGUUUGAGACGUUCAGGUGUCUAAACAGGAUUAUCUGAAUUAACACGAACAGGAUGUCUGCAGGAGCCGUGGUGUCGGUGAUCCUGGCCAUCGGAGGAGCUGCCAUGUUUUCCUCCGUUCACAAGAUUGAUGAAGGACACACUGCUGUUUACUACAGAGGUGGAGCUCUGCUGACAGCCACCAGCGGGCCAGGCUUUCACCUCAUGCUGCCCUUCAUCACCACCUACAAGUCUGUACAGACCACACUACAGACAGACGAAGUGAAAAACGUCCCAUGUGGCACAAGCGGUGGAGUGAUGAUCUAUUUCGACAGGAUAGAAGUGGUGAACUACCUCAUACCUUCUGCUGUGUACGGCAUUGUAAGAAACUACACGGUGGACUACGACAAAGCUCUGAUCUUCAACAAGGUGCACCAUGAGCUGAACCAGUUCUGCAGCGUACACUCACUUCAGGAGGUUUACAUCGGACUGUUCGCUCAGAUCGAUGAGAAUCUGAAGCUCACCCUGCAGGCGGAUCUGACCAACAUGGCUCCUGGUCUCAUCAUCCAGGCUGUGCGUCUGACUAAACCCAACAUUCCUGAGUCCAUCCGCAGGAACUAUGAGCUCAUGGAAACCGAGCGAACCAAACUGCUGGUCGCUGCUCAGACGCAGAAGGUGGUGGAGAAGGAGGCGGAGACUGAGAGGAAACGUGCUUUGAUUGAGGCAGAGAAGAUCGCUCAAGUGUCUGAGAUCAAAUUCGGACAGAAAGUGAUGGAGAAGCAGACGGAGAAGAAGAUCUCUGAAAUUGAGGACGGUGCAUUCGUCGCUCGUCAGAGAGCCAAAGCAGAUGCUCAGUUCUACACGGCUCAGAGAGCAGCUGAAGCGAAUAAGAUGAAGCUGACUCCUGAGUAUCUGCAGGUGAUGAAGUACAAAGCUAUAGCAGCUAACAGUAAGAUCUACUUCGGCAGUGAAAUUCCGCGCAUGUUCCUCGACUCCAGAAGCACAUCCAAACCCACCGAGCUUCUUCUCGAGGACUUCCUGAACACGGACUGACGGCGCAGAGAGAGAGAGGAAUAGACGUCCAUCCCUCCAUCCCUCCCCUUCCCUCACCCACUCUCUUGCUGAGAAUCAGAGCAGAACUGCAGAAGAGGCAGCUGUAGAGUUUCUGCUCUCACCGUGUGCCUCUCGGUCGUCCUGCGUCUUUGUGGUUGUAUUUCUCCCAGAACACACACCGUGUUUAAAUACGAGCUUAGAGAUAAUUUCCUGAUGUCUAAACAACCUCAAAGCCUCAAAGCGGACAAUAGACUCUGAGGAAGACGUGCACUGAUUUCUGUAAAUACUUCAGACCAAGCUGAAAGGUUUUGAUGGUUGGUUUGUUGGUGUUCUGAAGAACAGACAUGAAUUUCACAAAACAUCACAUGUUCCUUCACCAAGGGAGAAAAACCCGUUUAUUCUCCAAACGUACGACGGUCUAAAAUCUCACGUAACUCCUCUGUGGAUGAGACGGACGUGUGAGAAAGCCUGAGCGAGUCUCUAACGAUUUACUUUUCCAACACUGGGGCGCAAGAAUAAAAGUAGUUCCGUGGUGUGUGUACGCCGGGUCAGAACCACGUGAUCCGGUUCUGUUCCACACCAGGCCUGAGUGAUGAGGAUGACUACAUCACCACUCUUAUACUAAAGGUAUCACAGUGUACUGGUUUGUUCACAAGACUCCAGUAAAACACACUGAUACAUUAAAGUGUCUGGUGCUACGUGUGUUCAUCAUGUCACAUGACCCAGGAGCACGACGAGGUUCCGGUAAUUUACUAACGGGUUUGUUUUAUUUAGCCGCAUCUGAUCUGUUCAUCGCUUUUACACAGAAAUCAAAAAGAAAGUGUAAAGGGAACAAAACCACAUCGCAUCAUGAUGUGAACUGGUUACCUGUGAACAGUCCUGCUCAGGUUGUCAUGGCAACAGGGAGGAAUAAAGUCUAUAAUGAAGUAAACAGGAUCUUUAGUUUCUUCUGGAAGGUACAGGGAAAUAAACCAGUGUUGGUUUUCUGUUAGUGCUAAUCUCUCUUUCUCUAUCCCUCUUUCUCGUUCUAUCCCUCUUUCUUGCUCUCUCUCUCUUGCUCUCUCUCUCUUUUUCUUGCACGCUCUCUCUUUCUUGCUCUCUCUCUCUCUCUCUCUCGUUCUUGCACGCGCUCUCUCUCUUUCUCUCUCUUACAUGUGCUCUCUCUCUCUCGCACACCCUCUCUUUUUGCACUAUCUCUCUUGCACUUGUUAUUGUGCUCACUUCCUCUAUCUUCCCCUCUCUCUCUCUCUCUCUCUCUCUCUCUCUCACUCUCUAUCACACGCACUCUCACACAGAGGUUUUGCCUUUAAUGUUAGUAGGUUAUUCGUUCUCCCUCUCCAUUUUUUGCUGUAUUUUUAACAAUAGUCUUCCUCCUCUUCCACCCUUUAACUCGACAUCUGGCCAUGACCUCAGUGUUCCAUUACCCUUACACACACACACACACACACACACACACACACACACACACAUACACGCACCAGGUGUGUGGGAUUUCUCAGUAAGUCGGACAUGUUCCUGAAAUUAGACCCUGUUUUUUUUCCUCACUCUGACUCGAGAUGUUUGAAUAUUUCUGUCCUAUCAAAUGAACACAUCUUAGUUCUUACAAAACGCUUAGUUAUUGAUUGACAUUUGAACACAACAAACCUGAGAAAGUGUCUAAAACACAGACAUUGAAAUCAGCUCCGUCUGUGUAGAGAAAUGAAUCUGCAUCCAGUUUCACUAUUAAAGAAUGUCAUUGAUUCCGAGUCGUCAGUGUUUGUGAUCAUUAGUACAGACAUUAGUGUGGAGCUCGGCUGUGUGUGUGGAGACGCGUUUAAAUUCUCAGCGUGUUUUGUCUCUUGUUUGUUUUCAGUCUUUUCUAACUGGGUUGUCCUGCUGACUCCAGUACAGUAUUGUUUUCAUCUGUUAAUGCCCUCGCUCUAGUAUGUUAUCCUUUCUACCGUAACAAUAUAUCAGGUGCUGUGCUGAUUAAAAUCGGUUGAUGUGCCGUUUUCUCUGAAACAGAAGAGUUUAGGUUUUUUGAGAGAAGAGGAACAAACUCGUCCUGCUUUAAUGAGGUGCUUGGACUACUAAAUAAAACUUUAUCUCAUGUU